AUGUCAGCGCCGUCCAUCCCCAACCUUCUCUCUCUCCGGGGCAGAGGCGGUCGGGGCCGAGGCCGAGGCCGGGGACGCGGAGGCUCUGAGCCCGGCUCCAAAGCUGCUGCUUCCCACGAUUCCAUCAUCCAGGGAACCGAUACGGAUGCCGCCGUGUCCAGGCUGAGUGCUGUCGACCUGGGGUACCUGAGCGACCCGUAUGCGCGGUAUUUUGUAUCUGCGAUCGAUGGUCCGCCUGCAAGAAGGUUUCCCAUCAUCAACCGAGGAACAUACACACGCACAACAGCCAUAGAUACCCUGGUGCACUCGUUCCUUGCGGGAGCUCAGGGUGAAGGUUCAAGACAAGGAGUCACGAAACAGAUAGUGUCCUUGGGUGCCGGCACCGACACGAGGCCAUUUCGGCUAUUUACCCAGCAGGGCUAUCCACAGCUCAUCUACCAUGAGAUUGACUUCCCGGUCACAAGCGCCAAGAAGCUCAAGACGGUCGAAGCAGUGCCGCCCUUGGCCAACAUCUUGACCAACCGCUCAAGAGGAGACACCGAUGUGGACUGGUCGAGCCAGCCAUCCAACGGUCAGUACUUUUGCCAUGGGCUAGAUAUUCGCCGCCUGUCGCCUGCCGCUCAGGAAAAUCUGCCUGGUCUUCGCACCGACGUUCCUACCCUCGUCUUAUCAGAGUGCUGCCUCUGCUACCUCUCUCAAGAAGAGUCGGAUGGCGUGCUCGCGUAUUUCUCUUCCCGAAUACCCAACAUUGCUGCCGUCAUCUAUGAGCCAGUUCAUCUGGGAGAUCCUUUCAGCGAGACAAUGAUAUCAAACCUGGCGGCAAGGAACAUUCAUAUGCCUAGCCUCGAACGGCGCAGAGACGAAGGAGAUGAGGCAGCUCGGCUGAAGCGGUUGGGCUAUGAGACAACCCGCCAGCUGAGCAUCGACCGCUUGUGGAGUAAAUGGGUCAACGAGGAAGAGAAAGAGAGGGUUGACAGGCUUGAGGGACUCGACGAGGUUGAGGAGUGGCAGCUGCUUGCUGGACACUACGUUGUUGUCUGGAGUUUUACGGGGGACGGGUUCGAGGGAUGGAGGGGCCUUGGAUAGGCCAACUGCAUGCAACACUGGUAAAAAAGUGCCUGUUGCAAUGGAAAUCGAUGGCUUGUGCAUAUGUCAGGGACCGUCGCCUUUCACUCAUGACUGGAUGCCCGAGCCUGACCCAUGUUUGCUUUUAGGUACCGCCUGCAGCCACAAUGUUUGCAUGCAUAC